AUGGCUUACUCCCAGCUCGGAUACUCCUACCCCAGCACACCGCAGUUUCUGAUGACCUCCAGCUCUCUGCCGGGCUGCUUGGAGCCGGGGACGCCUCCGCCACACCCGGGCCACCAGCUCAGCUCUGACACCGGCAUCGGAGUCUACGGUGGCCCGUACGCAAAGAGCCAAAGUUACUUUAACAGCUGCGCCAGCGACGCCGCUGCGCUCUACUCCAGAGGAGCAGCAGCUCCCAAAGAUGGAGCCACAUCUGUGCAUGUGGGAACAUCCCAGACUCCCAGCUACUACCCCUAUGAGUACACACUGGGACAGUACUCCUAUGACAGAUAUGGAUAUUCCGGAUCCGAUGGUACUUCCCGCCGUAAAAAUGCCACCAGAGAGACUACCAGCACGCUGAAGGCUUGGCUGCAGGAACACCAGAAGAACCCUUACCCCACGAAAGGAGAGAAAAUCAUGCUCGCCAUAAUUACGCGGAUGACCCUCACACAGGUCUCUACUUGGUUUGCCAACGCACGCAGGAGGCUAAAGAAGGAGAACAAGGUAACGUGGUCGCCGAGGGCGUGUAAAAGUUCUGAUGACCGAGGCUGUGAUGAUGACAGUGAAUCUGAGAAGCCCCUAAAAGCUGAAAAAGACCUUCCCGAUCAACAGUGCGCAGACAUACAGAGCGACCUCGAGGACUUCGAUCUGCUGGAAUCUGACGGUUCUGACUGUGAGAGGAAGCCCCAGUUUCUACCUGAGGAUGAUGAUAAACACCAAAACACAGACCUGCAGCAUGGCCGUCUCACACAUGACCCCGACCUUCUGCACGGAGAAGAGAGACUGUCCCCUGACUGUCCCAGACUCGCACCGAUGCAACAGCCAAAGACUGCUUUUUAUCAUUCAGACACCAAGCCAAAAAUCUGGUCCAUCGCUCACACUGCUGUGUCCUCAGACGGCAGGUUCAAUCCAGAAUACCCUCCAUGUAUGCUGGCAUCCAACGGGUCCGGGUAUCCAUCAACCAUGGGGCUGACCAAGGCGGAUCGGCGACAAGAAUCCCCGGUAGCAUCUCUGAGAGAGUGGGUGGACGGAGUUUUCCACGGUCCCUCCUUUCAUCAGCCCAAACCUACUGACAUGUGGAAAGGCGCGAAUGAUUCUGGACAGUCCUUCGAGCUUAGAACGGCACCUUUGUAG